UGGUCGGGCCCACGUGGGUUGCAGUCUUGUCCGUCUGGAUCUGACUGAGCAGAUGUCAUGUUCGUUCGUUCGUUCGUUCGUUCAUUAGUUAGGGUUUUCUUUUGGUCGGGUCGGCGGUCUGGACCAGGCGAGACGAAGGCGCCGGCAAGAAAGUAGCAUUUACCAGUAGCAGCAGAAGACAGUUCGCAGUUCGCGCCGUACCCCUCCUUCCGCUCUCGACAUUGUCAUGGACGCUUCAUCUCUUAACUCCGCUGAAUUACAGCGACUCAUCUCUCAAGAGAAGGAAAGGGCAAUGAUGAAUGAGAUGGUAGCUAAGCUUACGAGUGCAUGCUGGGACAAAUGCAUAACGGGCACCCCAGGGAGCAAGUUCAGCUCCAGCGAAUCCUCAUGCCUCUCCAACUGUGCGCAGCGUUACAUGGACAUGAGCAUCAUCAUUAUGAAGCGCUUUCAAUCCAUGCAGAUAUAAGCAGUAGACUGAGAAUCAAAAUGUUGAGAUCCCAGUAACGUAUUGGAGGGAAUUAUAUUAAAUCUCUUUGAAAAUGAAAGGGGUAUAUCGGCAACAUAUUCUGGCAA